AUGCACAACCUUUAUUCAAUUACAAAUUUGCAACCAAUACUUGUGAAGUUAAAUGGGAAGCGACGUUCUAUCAUAUCUGUCCCAAGAGCAUCAUUAGUUGACAUUCAGCUAGGCGGAGUUUUAAAAGUGUUCGCAUUUGUAUCACAUGAUUUCAUUUGUAUCGGCAUUGGACGGUACGAUGACGCUGAUGCAUUUAAGGUUGAGCCAGUCUUGUUUGAUGGUAAAUCCAGGAUUGUCAGACCAUAUUUGUUAUGGAAGAGGUCAAGCCCCAGCGAUGAUGUGAGCAAUUUUUGGAAACGAGAAGUUAACAGGGACAAAUUAGUAGGAUUCCAGAAGGCACUGCAAUUUGGAAAACGAUCCAGGAUGAAGCCUUAUGAAUUUGUUGAUUAUUAA